AUGUUCUUCGCGGUCAACAUGCUCAACAACUGGGCCUUCGCAUUCGACAUCAGCGUGCCUGUGCACAUCAUCCUGCGCAGCUUCGGCAGCGUCUCGACUAUGGCGGCUGGGUGGCUGAAGGGGAAGCGGUAUUCACGCCUGCAGGUUUUUUCGGUGGCAUUGCUGACGGUCGGGGUUGUGGUUGCUGCGUGGGCGGAUGCUAAGGGGAAGGGCAAAAGCAUGUCGACCUCUAAAUUAGACCUCACCUCCCCCUCCUUCGAAGCCGGCCUCCUCGUCCUCCUCCUCGCCCAGCUCCUCUCCGCCUAUAUGGGCGUCUAUGUGCAGGAGAUCUACGAAGCGCACGGCAAGCACUGGCACGAGAACCUGUUCUACAGCCACUUCCUCAGUCUGCCUUUAUUCCUCCCCUUGAGCUCGACCCUGCAGCGGCAGUACCACCGCUUAACACUGUCGCCUCCGCUGCAGCUCCCGUCCUCACUCACCGCACCCCUGCCCUCCGCGCUAGCGACAACCCUCGCGAAGACGCCGACGAGCGUCGCGAUGUUGAUGCUGAAUGCAGUCACCCAGCUGCUGUGUAUCUCGGGGGUGAAUCUGCUGUCGGCGAAUACGUCGGCGGUGACAGUGACGAUCGUGUUGAAUGUGCGGAAGCUGGUGUCGUUCAUGUUUAGCAUCUGGUUGUUCGGGAACAAGCUCUCGGGACAGAUGUUGUUCGGGGCUGCGCUGGUGUUUGGGGCGGGGGCGCUGUAUGGGUGGGAAACUAGUGUUGGGAUUAAGAGGAGGGAGGGGGGGCGAAAGAGUGUGGAGAGUGCGAAUGGGAGGGCGAGGAAGGAGUUGUAG